AUGGCUCCCAAACGACCCAACACUUAUGCCUCUCAAGGUCCAUCCCAACGAAGACGUCCGCAAGCUGCUCUGUCUGAUUCUGAUUCUGAUGAGGAUGGCGAUCACCAGGCGAACGGUAAUGGCCGUGCGAAUGGGAAUGCCAAUAGGGAUGAUGAUGAUGAGGAAGAACAAGGACAAGGAUCGACACAAGCUGGUUCAGGAGGAUUGAAAGAUUCGGAAAUAAAAAUAAAAUCCAGUCAAUUAGCACGAUAUGCCUUGUUCCAGGAGUACAAGAGGAAUUUAAUCAGACGAGCCGAUAUAGUCAAAAACGUGCUACCUAACAACCCUCGAGCUUACAAUCUGGUAUUUCAAGGAGCUCAGGGAAUUCUAAGAGAAUCUGUAGGAUGCGAAUUAGUAGAAGUGAGGGGGAGAGGUAAAGGAGCGAUCGCAGAUGGUGAAAUAUCAGCUGUAACAGGACCAGGUGGGAGAAAGGGUAAAGGACGAGCUAGACAGAAUGGGAACGGGAAUGGGAAUAACGAAAAUGAUGAAGAUGAUGAAGAGAAUGAGAAUGCACCUGCUCCGACUCAGACACAAAAGGGAAAGAGUGCAAGCACUAAAGCGUACAUACUUCGAUCGAUCAUCCCACCCGACCUCCUCGCUGCCAUGUCCAACCCCUCAGCAUUACCUCUCGGUUUGGAAGAUGAAGAUGAAGCGGUCAAAGAUUCAGGUGCAUUGAUGCAGUGGGAGAAAGGAGAUGGGACUAGUUCGGGUCAUAUUGCCUUACUGGGGAUUAGGACGGUCAUAUUGGCAAUAAUCAUGACGAUGGGUAGAGUGGUGUCUGAUGAUCUGCUACAUGCAUAUUUGCGACGACUGACUUUACGAAGAGAAACGAUCUUACCUUAUUCUUCAAGCGAUUCGAAAGAGCCUCCUCUGACGUUGGACAAAUACCUGGACUUACUGGCUAAGCAGAAUUAUCUAGAAAAAGUAAAGAUACCUGGACAUGGCCGUGGACAUGGAGGUGAGGGAGGUGAACAGUUUGAAUGGAGGUGGGGUCAGAGGGAAGUGGAGUUUAGUGAGAAAGAUGCAGCCAAGUUCAUCGAGCACAUUAUACUUGGAGCAGAUGAUGAAUCUAGUAGUGAAGAAGAUGCAGAGGAGGAUAAUGGUCGACGCAAUAGACGAGGAAGAGGACAAGAUCAAAGAGUAGAUAAAGUAGCAAGGAGAAAUAAAUUGAAAGAGGACAUUGUCAAAGCUGCAGGUGGGGAGUUGACGGGGAAGGAUUGGUAG